AAAGAUGGCAGCCUGCAUGACUUGAAGUUUCAUCUAUCCGGUUCCUGAAUUAACGAGAGAAAACCUGUAGUUUUGUCUGCGUUCGAAAAAGUAUCGAGAUGCCGAAUGAAAUCAUUGUCCGUCUUCAGUCACCCGAAGGCACCAAGAGAGUCAAUGUUCCUGUGACAAUGACGCUCUACAAAUUUUUUCAAAAGGUGUCUGAGGCAGUGGCGAUUCCAGUUGACCAAUUCAAAUUAUUUGCUGAUCGAAACAGAAUCAGGGAGUUGAAACCCACCAGCAAAGUCACCUUGAACUCUUCAAAAAUCAAGCAUGGAGAUAUGCUAUAUGUGGCCAAUCAAACAGCAAGCUAUGAUGGACAGGCUGACAAGGCAAGCACGUCGGCUGCCAGUAUCGUUGAGGAUGAUGUGGACCAAUUCCUCACCAAACUUGACGGAAAAAUUUACAGAGAACGAGAUGACCAACUAUGUCAUCACGGAGCCAAUGCCAAGUGUGUCCACUGCGUACCCUUGGAGCCCUAUGAUCAGAGGUAUCUGCAAGAACAUGAUCCACCCAUCAAGCAUCUCUCUUUCCAUUCCUAUAUUAGGAAACUCACAGGAGGAGUUGACAAAGGCAAGUUUGCCUUCCUUGAUAACAUCAGCCUGAAGAUUAAGCCAGGUUGCACGGAGCACGCCCCCUGGCCGGGCGGCAUAUGCACUAAAUGUCAGCCCAGUGCCAUUACACUCAACAGACAGACAUAUCGACAUGUAGACAAUUUGAUGUUUGAGAAUCCAUAUAUGUUUGAUCGAUUCUUGGACUACUGGCGUAAGACGGGAAACCAACGUAUGGGUUUCCUUUAUGGCAAAUAUGAGCACCAUAAAGAUGUACCACUUGGAAUCAAAGCAACAGUAUCAGCAAUUUACGAACCUCCGCAGCGAUCUACAGUGAACAGUUUAGAGCUGUUACCUGACUAUAAUGCUGAAGCUGUGGAGUUUGUUGCCAGCAAAAUGGGACUCAGAAAGGUUGGCUGGAUUUUUACGGAUUUAGUUGCAGAUGACCUAACUAAAGGAACAGUUAAACAUGUCCGCAAUAUGGAUGCGCAUUUCUUGAGUGCGGAGGAAUGUAUCAUGGCCGGGGAAUAUCAGAAUCAACAUCCCAAUCCAUGCCGACUGGCUGCUGAGGGGACGUUUGGAUCCAAGUUUGUCACAUGUAUCGUCACAGGUGAUGUCACAAACCAAAUCCACACUGAAGCUUACCAGGUCUCCAAUCAGUGCAUGGCUCUGGUUCGAGAUAACUGCCUGGUACCCACCAGAGACGCCCCAGAGCUUGGCUAUGUCAGAGAGUCAACCAGUGAGCAGUAUGUACCAGAUGUCUUCUACACGGAGACAGACAGUUAUGGCAACACUUCUAAAUCAUUAGCAAGGCCUCUCCCUGUUGAGUUUCUGCUUGUUGAUGUCACGUGCGGCUUUCCUAAGGAUCCUAUGUACACUUUCAACGACAGAACGAUACUCAAGCAUUUCCCAGUAGAGAAUCGCUCAGAGCUUGGGGAACUACAGGACCUUGGCCCCUUGGCACAGUACAUGAAGCAAUUCAGCGGUGACCAGUUUCUGGAAGCCAUGUCGGAUUUCCAUUUAAUGAUUUAUCUAGCCACUUUACAGAUGCUACCGAUCAGGGAACACAUGGGAUCACUUCUUGAUGCACUGAGGAGUCGUGAUGGUGAACUGGCCAAAGCGUGGUCCAAGAGCGAACAGUGGGCAACACUGGAACACUUCAUGGCAGCACAGGGACCUAGCCCAACAUCCACGACCGCUACAACCAUGGCCGCUGCUGGCGGAAUGUCUCAAGGAACAUGGACGUGCUCCAGGUGUACUUACAUCAACACCAACUCACUCAAAGCCGUUUGCGAGAUGUGUGAGGGGCCCAAAGAUUGAAAUGUUCAGAGCCUACCAGCAUCUCGAACCAUUCCCGGUCAAACUUUGUUUGCUUCUUUUUUUCUCAUAUUCUUUGGACUCAAAUCAUUUGAGGUAUAUUUGCCAAGGAGAGUUUUUGACCCGUAAGAGGUUUUGACGUCAACAGCUUAUUCUUCUCACUUGUGACUCAUAUCUGUCUCAGUCGGGACUCAAAUCUGACUCAAGUUAGCACAAAUCCAGCAACAGGAAUUAAUAUUGGCACAUAUUACAAAGUUUUCUCAGUUGAUGAGUAAUUUAUAACAACAACCAAAGCCUAAUUCAAAUGAGAAGUUUUGACAAUUUACUUGAUAUUGAAAACACAGGAACAUAGGCUACUGUUUAGACUUCCCCCCUGAAUGACUAACGGAAAAGAAAAGAGAACAGGAGAGAAAUGCAAAAAGGAAGGAAAGGGGAUGAGAACCACCUCUUUGCCGUGAACUAACCUCAGGAAUGAUUCCCUUCACAGUUGAUGGUGUAGCAGUCUGCUGCUGAGGAGUACUUCCCCCCCCCAUCCCAUCCCCCCCCCCAAGAAAAAUAUUCUGGGAGGGGGAGUCACGAUGGGCCAUGUUUCAUGCAAAAAAAGGAGCACUUUCAUAAUGUCAACUGCCAUGAUUGGAUUGUGAUUUUGGCCUCUCCCAAGCAUUUACUUUAUAGUUAUAUGUGUGGGAUAAUUAAGGAACCUGUGGUACAUUGUGUUGUAGGCUAAAGGUAGAAGAUUAAUGAUGAACUUAUCAACUUUAACACAAACUUGACACGCUCCGGUAAUACUAAUUUUGGACUAGAAAUUGCAAGAUAAUUCAGAACCUUCAUAUGAAACUUUUUUUUUCUGUUGCUUCAGCAUGCAUGUCUCAUAAAGUCUGACUUUAGGAAGAGGGUUGAUGCAACUUUGCAAUGAGAUUACACUUAGUCUCUGGCAGGAUGACGUUCUAGACCAGAUCCCCCCACACACACACACAAACACACACACUCCUAUGUGCAUUCCUUUCCAUCCUCCUUACACCUAGGAUUCUCUUCUUGCAGUCACAGAUGUUCCUGUUUUCGUAAUGGGAUUUUGGAUUGGUGGGGGGGGGUAUUCUUAAGGCAAGAAAUUCGUGAGUGUGUGAAUUCAAUGAAUGAGACUUUUAUAUUAAUGUCUCCAGUUGAAAUAACACCUGAUUAAAGGCAAAUGCACAUGCCUGGUAAUGGAAGAUGCUUGAUUUCAGAACUGUUAACUUCUUGUGAAGAACAGCCAUCUCUAUAAAGCCAACUUUUUUUCUGCAACUUUCAGACAGAAUUGAUAACUUGAUUUUUUUUCAAGUGAGUUAUUGAAGGAUAAUAAAAUGAAUACAGGUUUUUAAUGUCAUUACAUAUGGUGUAA